AGUGCAUCGAGUUACUCAUCGGCACAUCUGCCAUCCAAGCUGCAGUUCGCAUCGGUCAGCGUUCAACAGAUUUUUACGAUUUAUUCACAGUAUGAUAGUUUGAAAUAUGUAGGAAAGUUGGGCUAGUGAUGUGGUCCGCAAGUAAUUUGACGUGACAAGCUGAGCUAGUUUCGUUUUCUUAUAUACAACUAUGGUAUUUGGUAUCGAAGCCUCUUUAUGUUUGGUAUUUCAGGGGGCGUAUCCUUAUUUUUAGGUUAGGGUUACUUGCGUUGUUUUCUUUACGAGUCGUCAGAUACAUCUGUACUUUAUUGUAAAUUUUCCCUAGACUCAAGCAUAUACAAUACAAAUGCGUUUCAAUAACAGAGAACUUAAUCAUAUUAGUCUGGGUGAUGCAGAAUUGGAAGGCAGGCUCAAUCAUCGCCGCCCACCUAGUGGCAAUUUCAGCCAAAAAGGCUUCAAGGAGAGAUGGUUUAAACUGAAGUCAAAUCUACUCUUCUACUUCCGCAUCAGUGAAAUUGGAAAAAUAGAUGAACGACAGCCAGCUGGAGUAUUUAUACUGGAAAAUUCCAAUAUCCAGUAUGAAGUUUGUACAGGUGUCCCCUUUGCAUUCUCAAUGACAUUUCGCGAUGAGCCAGAUCGAAAGCACGUGUUUUCUGGGCGAUCAGAGGAUUACGUCAAUCAGUGGGUCACUGCUAUGAAACAGGCCACGUAUGGACACUGGAGAUCUCAACUAGUUAUUUUACAAACCAAAAUCAAUGCCAAAACUGGGAAGGAUCCACUGUUGAUGUAUCCACACAACCGAGGAACUGUGCGAGACUUCCAGUCACACGGAAACAAGUCGAUUGGGGCUCGUUCAUCAAGUUUCCAGUGCCACUUGGAGCAGAAAGUAGAAAUUGUCGAAGAAGAGACUGAAACGUUUCAGAGUAAUCUCAAGAGAAUAGAAGAAAAUUUAUGUCAAGGUCAUUUGCAGCAAGAGGGAAAAAAUGUUCCUCUGCCUCCGGAAAGGAACCUCAUAGAACUGUGAGACUAUCAUCGAUAUUUUCCUCGUCAAUUAUGAGUCUCAAGUUCCGAUUGGAAGCACAGAUCAGUUGGAUUCCUUCUGUAUUAAAAAUAAACAAGAUGAUAAUGACUGUAAAUCUGAAUCGUAUUAAUCAUGUAAUUAUACAUUGAACAGAAUUUUUCACAACCAAGGAAACCUAAUGCAUCGGUGACCCAAAUAAAUAUAGGCCAUAAUUCAUAACAAACUCAAUGGAACUGUAUUUUCCUCAAGAAGCUGAUGGCUAUUCAUGUAAUCAGGAAAUUCCGCUAUUAAAUAACUGCUGUUAUAAUUGCUGUAUAAA